GUCGCCUUGCUUCGAUAAUCGUCCUCGCUUGCUCAAACGGUGCAGGGCUUCUCCCUUUUUCCUACUGAUCAGCCUCCUAUUGAGGAAGCCAGGACGGACGGUGACGCUCGCAGUCGUGCAUCCCAUCCCCUACAGAAUUCAUUGAAUCAUACCUUACGCCACCGGGAACCGACUCUUAUCAGGUCCCGAACCACGUUCGUUUCUGAUCUUAUUCCGUUCGAUUUCGUUCGUUUCUCACCCUCCCAAUAAUGGCUGAGGCAGCAGAAAAGAUGCCCGCGGUCGACUCAGCCAAGGAGGAACAAGGUUCUUCGGUGGAAGUGCCUGUGAAUGCGUCCGGCCACCGUCAAGAGCUCCAACGCAAUUACGGUCUGCUGAGUAUCUGUGCUCUUGCCAUCACGACUGGAAACACAUGGAUUGCCCAGGGAGGAAGUAUAGCGACUGCUCUUUCUAAUGGAGGCCCGUCUGGAGUUAUUUACGAAUUUAUCGCCGUCUCGGUCUGCUACUGGAUGGUGGCUGCAUCAAUUGCUGAACUGGCGUCAGGAAUGCCGUCUGCUGGUGGUGUCUAUCACUGGGCUUCUAUUACUGCUGGGAAGUAUGGUCGCGUCUGCGGGUUCUUCGCGGGCUGGUGGAACUGCUUGGCUUGGGUCUUUGGUGGCGCUUCUGUAUCCGCCAUUCUUGGCCAGCAGACGGUCUCGAUGUAUGCGCUGAUGCACCCCGGAUUCGAGAUGAAGGCAUGGCACGUCUUUGUCAGCUUCAUCAUCUGUACAUGGCUCUGCUGCUCGAUCGUCCUAUUUUUGAACCGGUUCCUCCCGCAGUUGAAUAACCUGGGCGGAUUCUUUAUUCUCUCUGGUGUGCUCAUUGUCAUCAUUGUCGCCGCCUGCAUGCCCCAUGUUAAUGGCGUGCCGUAUGCCACGAAUGAGGAUGUCUGGCGGACCUGGACGAACUCGACCGGAUACUCUAGCAAUGGCUUCGUUUUCGUCGCCGGUAUGCUGAACGGUGCUUACGCUGUCGGUACACCCGACUGCUCGACCCAUCUCGCCGAAGAGAUCCCUAAACCCAGCAGAAACAUCCCCAAGGCUGUCCUUGCUCAGAUGAGUAUCGGCUUCAUCUCUGCCUUGCUUUACAUGAUCACGCUUUUUUACGCCGUCAACGAUCUCGAGUCUGUUCUGGCCGCGCCUUUCCCUCUCGCUGAGCUCUACCGCCAGGCGACCGGAUCCAAGGGCGGCGGUCUUGGUCUCCUGAUCAUCACCUUCCUCCCUACCGUCAUCAACUGCGCCGGUUGCUACAUCACUGCGGGCCGUACCCUCUGGUCUCUUGCCCGCGACCGAGCGACUCCCUUCCCCAACUGGACUGGCCGUAUCAACUCGACUAUGCACAACCCCUUCAAUGCCACCCUCGUUUGCGGCGGCGUUAUCACAAUCCUGGCGUGUAUUUAUGUUGGUUCCACCACAGCCUUCAAUGCUUUCGUUGGCUGCUUCGUCCAGCUCUCUUCUCUUUCAUACUUCGCCGCCAUCUUCCCCCAUGUUCUCACUCGCCGCUCGUCCUUUGUCCGUGGCUACUUCUGGAUGGGCAAUAUUGGAUACGUCAUCAAUGUCCUUAGCUGCAUUUACAUUCUCGCCUUCGUGGUUAUCUUCUGUUUCCCCUUCGCUCUGCCCACCGAUGCGGCUUCCAUGAACUACGCUAGCUUGAUGACCGGCGGUCUGACUAUCUUCGUGGCCAUCAACUGGUUCUUCAGAAUGGGUUCAUACGAGGGCCCCAAGUUUGUCCCGUUGACUGACAGGGCUCUGGCGGAGGACGCCAAAUAGAAAAAGAAAAACCAAAACAAAAAUCGGAUACAAAUCGCGCAGGAAGAGUGAAUGUACCAAUAGUUACUGCACAUGGCGCUUUAGAUGAAGUCUGGAAUUUAGCGGAUUAUAAGAUCCUUA